AUGGAGAAGCGUGAUGUGUGGGAGCGCCUGAAGUGGAACGGCUGGGGCGAGAAGGGCGUGCAGUACGAGCUCAAUCAGAACGGCAAUGUCGAACAUUCGCGUACCGGUGUCGAAUUGCCGAAGAUCAUCCCCUUCGCGAAGGACAUCUUUGGUCUGGAUGACCUCGAGAACACGCCCUCGGUGGAGCUCGACGACAUCGAACUCGCCGAACCCAGGCCCAACGAGGGAUUCGUGAGCCUCCUGAAAUCCUUCCUUUCUGCGAGCCAAAUCUCGUUCGAUAAGGAGCAGCGCAUCUGCCAUGCCUACGGAAUGAGCUUCAGGGACCUCUGGCGCCUGCGCAAGGGUUC